CAUAAAGCGAUCUACUCUGCCCGAUUGCUUAAGUCCGAGUCACCUGACAAAUCCUGGACUUCCCAAGUCUAUUCUCAGGUUCUCUCUGCCCCACCGACGCCCUCAGAUAAGGCUCCAGUUCUGGACAGACUGGAAUAUGUGAAGCAGGAUGCUCUUAUGGUGGGUUUGAAAAAAAUUAAACACACGCUAAUGCAUGCUCACGCACUGCUGAUCUCUUAUUUUCAAACAAUGGGUCAAAACUGGUUGCAUGUUGCUCACCUGCUGGAAGAGGUGGCUCGUCACAUUCGAGAUGAGAUGAAUGGACGCCAUCACAGCCCCGCCUGA